UCCAAGAUGGCGACGCCAGGAGUGGAAGCCGCGAUGGAGCUGCUCAGCCGACUCUCGGGGGUGCAGGACCCCGUUGAGGAGCUGCGGAACCUGCGCGUGGCGGUGGAGUCCCUGCAGCCCGGCGCUCUCCGGGAGCGGGGCUCGCAGUUCCCCUUGGAUGGGCUCUUCGUCCUCAUGGCGCAGGGUGACAGUGAGCAGAUCUCUUCAUGCAUCGCCAUCCUGGACCGCUUCCUCCAAGCCAUGGACCCCUUAUACGUCAUCCGACACUUCGGGGAACAACUUCAGAAAGGCCUCUUCCAUCAACACGAUUCAGUCAAAAUCCUUACGAUAUCUCAGGUUGGAAGGAUCGUUGAAGACAGCGAUGCUGUUAAAGAAAUCCUCAACACUCCAGAAUUGCUGAGGCAGAUCAUUUAUUGCAUUGCUGCAGAGAAAAUUUCCUUGGCCAAGGAGGCCAUCAAGUCACUGUCAAGAAUAGCUCAAUCCCCUGAAGGGUUGGAGGCAUUGCUGGAGGGCAACUUGCUGGUUGAUUUGAAAAAUGUCAUGGCCAAGAGUGACAUCAUACGCUACCGAGUAUACGAGCUAGUUGUCAACAUCGCCGCAGCAUCAGCAGAUGCUCUGAACUACUGCGUGAACAGCGGCUUGCUUUCGCUGCUGAUUGAGGAGCUGACAGGGAACGACAUGCUGGUCAGAGCUACCUGUAUUGAGAUGGUGACGACUCUCGCCCGCACUCCUCACGGGCGCCAGUAUCUUGCCCAGCAAGGGGUCAUUGACACGAUUUCCAACAUCAUCAUUGGGGCAGACUCCGAUCCUUUUUCUGGCUUCUACUUGCCAGGCUUUGUGAAGUUUUUUGGCAACUUGGCCAUAGUCGACAGCCCAGAACAGGUCUGUGAGCAGUACCCCAUCUUUAUGAAGAAAGUCCUCAGCAUGGCAGAAGGCCACGACCAGACCAUGUACGGCGUGGCCGUGGAUACGCUUGGGAUCUUGGGCUCAACCGUGGAGGGAAAGCUGGUCUUGCAGAAGACGGGGAGGCGAUUUCAGCACAUGCUAAAUCGAAUGGGAUGUCAGGCAAAGAGCGGCCCAGCAGAGCUCAGGGUGCGAUGCCUGGAUGCCCUGGCAUCUCUUCUCUACCUACCGACAGACGAACAGACAGACGACCUCGUGCGAAUGAUGGAGUCCUGGUUCUCUUGUCUGUCUAGCCAGCCUCUGGAACUCAUCAGGAACAUCAGCACGCAGCCAUUCCCUGAACUCCACUGUGGUUCCUUACGGGUCUUCGCUGCCAUCGCUAACCAGCCCUGGGCCCAGAGGUUGAUGAUCGCCAGUCCAGGCUUUGUAGAAUACGUCGUGGACCGAUCGGUGGAUCCUGAUAAGCUUUCCAAGGAAGCCAAAUAUGAACUCGUCAAGGCUCUUGCCAAUUCCAAGACAUGUGCGGAGAUCUUUGGGAACCAACAUUUUGUAAAGCUUCGGGGUUUUAUGCAUGAAGGGCCUUAUUACGUCAAGGCCGUUUCGACCACGGCUGUGGAAGGGGCUGAUUAACAUUUGCCCGAAGAUGUAAAUUCCUGUCCAGGAAUUCCAGGAAUGGCAAAUUAAUGUCGGACUCCUCCAGAAGAGGGGAUUUGACUCAGUUGGGUGUGAAGGGGGAGGAAAAAGACACCUGAGGAAGCAAUUGGUGUGCGCUUGUGUGUGUGUUAAAAUUUGAAAUGACAGGUUACUGGGUAGAAGUGCUAAGGACCACAUUAGUUAAUGCCAUGCGGUAGUGUAACAAAACGUACUUGGCUCAUUAGUGUUAGAGUCUGAUGCUUCAUUAACAAGACAUGUAUCAGCGGGCUCUUCUUAACGCUUUUUUCAGAGUUUUGGGGAGUGUGUUUGUAGGGGAGGGUGGAUGCAUCCAUUUAACCAACCCAGUGCAAAGGAUUGGCCAGAUCUAAAUGCUGAGUGCAACAUGGAAGGGGCUCUGUACGCCCAUGACCCUAAAUGCAACUGCAGUGUUCAGUGAGGCUGCUGCAGGUAUGUGAGACAGGUGAGUCCACUCUACAUGGAGGGGACAGCGUGUUCUGCCCGUGUGCUGGCUUCUGGGUAUUAGUUUUUUGUGUGGUAACACAUCCCCCUGAUCUUAAUGGAGCAAAGAGGGAAAAACAUUUGCAGAAACAGUUUGUGUUGGCACCUGUUUCUAGGUUGCAUCAUUUUAUACUACAGUUGGCACAUUAGUGUUUACUCACCUGCUUGAAGUGAUUAAGUACGUUGUUGGUAUGUAAGGGAAAAACCUACCCUAGGAUCUUCUUCCUGAUGGUCUGGUUCUGUAUAUAUAAAAAAGUUCGGGGGGUUUCUUCCCUUUCCCUCCUGGCAGUGUGGAAUGGUGCAGUUCAGCAACAGAGGCACUAUGUAGAACUUCAGCUAUCAUUGUAAUCUCUUCUGCUGAGUGAGUGUUAGGUCAGAAGUCCAUUUGCUGGAUGGGAACCUUCGCUUGAAUCCUUAAUGCUGAAAACUAGAUAGAAGUGAUGCUAUUUAACUAAGCCUCAAAGCAGAGAUUACCAUGCUUUACAGAGGAACCAAAAUUUGAAUCAGUGAGCCACUGCUGUACUAGAACUGUAAAAGAAAAUGUUUACAACAGCAUCUGUGGGUCAGUCUCUUUUAAAAAACCCAAAAACGUACUCUUUUUUUUUUUACGCUUGACAAGACAGACAAGACAAACAGAACACGCACGUUCCCUAUUAUAUAUUUCAGUUAGAAGAUCUGUAUUCCAUCUUUAAAAGUAACCCAGAUUCUCAGCACAGCUUCCAUUGAUGCGAGUUGUGUGGAAACUUGUUUCACAUGAAAUGACCACCAUCUAGUGCAUGCAUGCUAGUUAGAGCUACGUAUCUGUUCCGAGUUUAGCUUGCUGAAUUGUGGCAAGGACUUGAGGGCUGGGGUGGGUGGGUUGUGUAGCCGCUUUUCAAUACAAAGUAAUCUCAGUGAGUUCCUUUGAUGGUUUCAGUUUGCCAAGUGCCUCUUCCAUGUGUGAGGAACAUGAUGAUGCGCUUUAAGGUUUUAGAGCAUUCUUCUAGUGGUAUAGUUCAUCGUAGUUCAGUAGUUCAGUUAGGAAACAGUGCCUGUUUAUCCUCUAGCCUUUGGGGAGUUCUCGCUCGUGUGUCCAAAAUUAGGCUGGCACAAGUGACUUAGGGGCCUUUGAAGUCAAACAGCAUUAGCUGCCCUUCCAGCAGGACAGAGUGUAUCCUUUGACCACCCUUGCAGCCAGUGGUGUUAAGCUGCAGAGAAUCUGCCAAUACCCCGUCAGUAUCCCGUGUGACUAAAGGAGUGUUCGUUGGACAUGGGAAAAGGAUUGAGGAGGAGGGGAGUCAUAAAACAAGAACUUUUUUUUUAGUGGUCGCAAGCGGAGCAUUUUAUAGAAUUGGAGCCAGGCUCUCUGGCCACUGCCAGUGGAAUUGCUGUGUUCUUCUCCCCUUCCCCGUGUAGCUUCAGGUGCAUGUGAUGUUACUUUGUCAUGUCUGUGUGUUCCCCCCCCCCCCAAUCAUCAGCUGCUUGGGGAUGUGCACUGUGACAGUGCUGUAGAGUGUAAUGGCGCACGGAGGGAGGGGAGAACACAACACAACAUUGGGAAACGUAUUAUUAAGACAGAUUGAAUUCUCCUGCAUCAUCUUGCAGCCUGUAUCAGCGAAUGCUUGCAGGUAUGCAGCUUCGGACUGACACAGAGGGAGCCGUAGGAUGUCUUCUAGUGUGGGAUCAAAAAUAUCUCUUGAUUUUCAAGAUAUGUCACUCAUUUGGGAGGAUGGUAGCACGGCCUACAUCUGGAUUCUGGGCAGCUGUGGUUCUUAUCAGAAAACUCAUUACAAGGACUGAAUCAUUUUGAUCACACAUUGUGCCAUAAUUUGGAUACGUGGAGGGAAUUUAAUAUUGGGCAGUAUUCAGACUAGCUUUCUGUCUGGCAAACCACUUCUUCUCCGCCUUAUACCCGAACAUAGCGAAACAGAAACGUAUGCUAGUGUUCACUGCCCUUUGUAGGCAAAGGAGAGGGAUUGUAUCCUUUCCCAUUUUGCAGUGCAGUAUUGGGAUACACCUCCAUGUUGCCAUCAUGCUUGUUCAUUCAAUUAUAUGUGCUGUUGUGUAGCCAGUGUGCCAUUGGUACUUUGCCUCUGACGCUUUCAAAGAACUUCAAAUAAACAUGUAAUUCUGGGAUUGACGGUCUUCUUUUUCUGUAAAGGAAAAUCAUUUCCACAAUAAGUUGAGUUGUUAAAAUGGUCAAAUUCUCUCUGUGGUGAGAAUAUAACCUUAAAUGUAAAUUAGCCAGUUCUGCUGUUGAGAUCUUGGUAAAAUAUUUCAGCCUUUGGUCUCUCUUAUGUGUGGUAUUUCUCUGUAAGGCAUAUCUACAGUGGUCUGUGUGUGUUUUCAGGCACAGUGUUGCAUGUCUACAUUUCAAAGUGAAUAUUUGGAGGCAUCUAUUUCCAAAAAACCCCCCACCCACGUGUGAAUCUUCUUUGAGGUAAACUAAAUAAUAAUCAGCACCAACUAAAUAAUGAACAG